CUUUGCUACUUCUCCAAAUGUAAACGGUUUUCGGAUUUUCCGAAUCAUGGAGAGCUUUUUUCAGAUCUUCUGAUUGUAGUUCUAUGAUGAAGAAGACAAGUCCAAUUUGAAUAUAUAUAUAUAUAUAUAGAGAGAGAGAGAGAGAGAGAGGAGGUGAGAAGACAUGUCGAAGCUGUGGACGAAGAUUGCAGGGUUGUUCCGCAAUCGAUCAUUGGCGGGAAUGGACAAAGCAGGGAAUCGAUACUUCACCAGAAAAGACGCAAUCGAUGGUUUCAUGAAAGAGAAAAGAUGGGUGGUAUUCAAAGGAGAGGAGGAUCCAACGUCCAUUCCAGUUGAAUGGAUAUGUUGGCUUAACGGGCAGCGGAAAAAAGCUCCAACACUAGAGGAAAUGAUGGAGCUGGAGGCGAGGCGUGAACGUGUUAAACUUAAUGUUGCUUUUCUCAAGAAGGAAGAAGAGGAAAGGAGAGCCAAAGAAGGAAGUAGUCACAUAGUCACCACCAGAACUGGCAAAGUUGGAGGACCAGACUUGAAAAGUUUCAUUCAGCAGUUUCCUGAUGCUUCAGAAGGUGACAGAGUUGGGGAGACAUCUGGUGCAAUGAAUGGAAUGAGGAACACCGACGAAUCAGAGAGAGACAAAAAGGUACAUCAACAACAGCCAGAAUCUUCAGAGCCAACCGGAUCUGGUCAGUCCUUCAGACCAGGAACAUGGCAACCGCCAACAUGAUUAUUAUCACAUUUUAAUGGGCUUCACUGGCAUUGGCCCUUGUAGGCUGCAGUGUUGUGCUCUUUGUUUUAAACUCCAAUCCAAUUGAUCGGAUUCAACUCGCCAAUGAUACUUGACAGUGUUACAUGAAUCUUAUGUUGUGCCACACAUACAAUUAUAUUCUUUUGUCACCAACGUUUUGAACACGGUGAUGUUGAGUUUUCUAGUAGAUACGCGAAAUUCUGCUUGGUAUGUCUUCUCAAGCAUACCAUUUCUAUGGUGAGAUGAUUUGUUUUUUUCCUUCUGGAAUUUGUACUUUACUAGAAGAUGAGGUUAUUGUAUAUUGAAUAUGUAAUUCAGCAGUUAUUUAAGUUUCUCUUUUUUAAUCAUAUUUUUGGAUCUUGGAAUUGGCGGGAGAUGGAAAAGGAAAGGAAAAAUAGAAACAAAAAAUGGUAUACUAGCAA